GCACCUUUGAAUCAAGCUGCAGCUCAAGAUUGCUUUCCCCUUUUGUUUUCUGCCUGCGCUGAGUUACUCUCUGGACAGCCUUCUACCUUCAAAGCUCAAUACUUUUCCUCUUAGCUUCGUCGCGGUCAUCAUAAAGUUCGACAGUGCCCAAGUUGUCGUACAACACCUCCGAUCUCACCAUCUCGAGCCAGUCGCAUUGAAGUCGCAAGCUCAGAAGCAUGGACUUCUCCAACAUUUUUCGACUGGUCAAUCUGGUCGUGGGCGGGAUCAUGAUCCUGGGAGGAAUUAGUCAAUUCAUCCCCAACAUUGGCUUUCGGAACAUCAUUGUCGGCAUCUAUGUAAUCAUUUUCGGGCUUGCUAUUGCUGGCCUCGAACUUCUCCCACAAGUUCCACCAUACCUACCGAAAUACGCGAGCUUUCUGUUCUCCUUCCUAGGACGUGGCAUCUUCUACAUCUUCGUCGGUUGCAUCAUCCUCGAGAACCACGUCUUGCGCAUCAUCGCGGGCACAAUCAUCGGGUUCGUUGGUGUGGGUUAUUGCGCCCUCGAAUUCUUGCCUUCAAUUGAGCCUCCCUCCAACAUGAGAGACGCGGAUGCCGGCUGGGGCGCGGAACAGGUCUGAGACUCGGGUUCACCACAACCUGAACAUCGGUCAAAGAUCAGGACGAACGCUGUGGUUUUGUGAGAGACAAUAACCUCGGUGACGUUCAAUGGUCAGAAGACUGGUCGGGGAUGAGGACAAUUCGGGGUUACUAUGAGCGCGGAACACUGAAGUGGUAGGGACAGGCUGCGUCGGCGGGGAACACUCUGAAGGGCCAAUUCUCUGCGUUGGAUUGGGAUUGGGAUGGGAUGGGAUGGGAUGGGACAUGUCGUCAGGUCUCGUCGACUAUGAUAUCUAGUGUCUAGCUUAUUGGGUGCAGAAGGAAUUCUGCCAAUGUAAAAAUGCUGUAGACUAAUCUGAAGCACGAGGGAGCAACAUCUCGACAAGAACAGUUUGACGGCUUGGUAGGAAUUGAAUUGGAAUGUUCGAGCCAAGAAUCCACUCCCAUGAGCAGUCAAAGCAUCAUCAGGUACAAGGCAGGGCACGGAAAGAGUGAUGAGGCCUAGAGACGCGC